GUCAAUCCACUUUUUAUGAGCACAGCGAUGAAUACAUCCAAGAUAACCAUCGGACUUUUUGUCGCUGGAACUCUGAUGGUAGUUUUUGGGACCAUUCUUGUAUUCGUUGGACCUAUCAUUAUUGACGACCAAAUAGUAAAGAACUUGGUGAUCGACCCUAAGAAUGAAAUGACCUACAGCAUGUGGAAGGACGUCCCUGUCCCCUUCUUCAUGUCGGUCUACUUCUUCAACGUCCUCAACCCCGCUGAAGUCCUGGCGGGGGAGAAACCCAUGGUGGAGCAGAGAGGACCCUAUGUGUACAGGAAGCGGAUUCAGAAGCAGAACAUUACAUUCCACCCCAACGACACAGUGUCAUAUCUGGAAUACAGGAGGUACUUCUUUGAGCCCAGCAUGUCAGUGGGCAACGAGUCGGAUGUGGUCACCAUCCCCAACAUGUUGGUGCUGGGAGCAGCAGUGAUGAUGGAGAACAUGCCUUAUGCCGUGCGCCUGAUGGUCAGUGCCACUUUUAAGACCUUUAAGGAGGGACCCUUCCUCACCAAGUCUGUUGGAGAGUUGAUGUGGGGCUAUGACAGCAAGCUGGUGGACUUCCUCAAUAAAUGGCUCCCUGGUAUGCUGCCCUCCACUGGCAAGUUUGGCCUUUUCUCUGAGUUCAACAACUCCAACACUGGCCUGUUCACAAUCCACACUGGGAAGGAUAACAUACAUCUCAUUCACAAAGUGGACUCAUGGAAUGGCCUGACCAAGUUGACUAAUUGGAGGACUCCUCAGUGUAACAUGAUCAAUGGUACAGCGGGACAAAUGUGGCCUCCUUUCAUGACCAAACAAUCAACACUGCCCUUCUACAGUCCUGACGCCUGCAGGUCAUUAGAACUGAUAUACCAACGUGAGGGAAUAAUGGCGGGAAUUCCUCUCUAUCGUUACGUGGCUCCUAAGACUAUGUUUGCCAACGGCUCAGACUACGCGCCAAACGAGGGCUUCUGUCCUUGUAGACAGUCUGGACUUCUCAAUGUCAGCAGCUGCAGAUCCAACGCCCCCAUGUUCAUCUCCCACCCGCACUUCUACAACGCUGACCCUGUGCUGCUGGACUAUGUACUGGGACUCCACCCUACUGAGGAUCAACAUGGACUCUUCAUAGACAUCCACCCUAUGACCGGAGUACCUCUGAAUGUGUCUAUCCGUCUGCAACUCAACCUGUACAUGAAGAGUGUUUCUGGAGUUGGGGAAACCGGGAAGAUCUCUGAGGUGGUGAUGCCCAUGAUCUGGUUUGAGGAGAGUGGGUAUAUUGACGGUGAAAUCCUGACAACGUUCCACACUAACCUGGUGGUAUUGCCGAUGGUGAUGGAGUACGUGCAAUACUGUUUCAUAGGACUGGGCUUGGCCUCCAUACUGGCUGCUCUACUGGUGUACCACAGUGGGAAGACGUUCAAAAGAGAUCUGCCCUGCAGGACACAGACUGAUGAGGCACCGGCUGCCUACAAGCAGACGGACACAUUAAAUGGUGAAACAGCUAAGAUAUGAGAAGACUGCUAUACCAAAUACCAAUGGGAGCACCUCACCGAGUGAACAAACCCCUCUACUCCCGGACCAUGUACACUAACACAGACAAAUUUGGAGUCGGGGUGGGGGAUUUCUAGCCCUGUGAUGUUGGAUGCUGUGUUUGAUACUGAAGUGCAAUGGAAACCCCAAAACCAAUGACACUUCUCUAUAUGUAUACACUUUGUAUCAACCAUGAACCACCAACAAACCUGGGCUGAUGCUAACAUGACUUCAUAUGGAAUGGGCCACACCUGAUCCUGUGUCUUUGCCAGGGGACUUUUUGGACCUAGGCUCGGUUUCAGACUGACUGGUGGAAUGGUUGGUUCUCCACUCUGGUGCUGUCCUAUCUAACUCUGAUAACAAAGGCAUACAGUCUCUGUUGUAAUGGGAUUGUGGUCUAAGUUCUCCUCACAUUUCUGACAUUUAAAAAUACUGGUCCUGAAGUGUUACAGGAACCCACUCAACCAAAUGUGUAUCGUUCUGUGUCCCUCUGCCACUCUGUUUUGGGUACAUGUUGCGUUUAAAUAUAAAGAUGUAGAAUCAGCUGGCAUCAGCAAUCUGUAACCUUAACUAUAACUGGGAGAACUUUUAGAACUGACCCAAAGCAUUUAAAGGCAAAGUUAUCCUACACUACAGCAGCUCACCAUACCCAAGAAGCAGAAAGUCAAUUAUUUCUAAUAUGUGUAUUACUUGGAAUAGUGCCUCAUCCCGAGAAGGGUAAAAUCAAGGAGUGUCUCUAUGAAUGCCAUAAUCACCAAUAAUGACUAGGUGACAUUUUACUUCCCCUACUGGUCGUCCUGCAAUACUAAUGUGCAAUUUGAUUAAGAUACCACUUCAUCACUAGUUCCCAAUCCCUCCUCCGUAGGCUCUCAUUGUAUUGCCUCACAGUAAUUUGAGUGACACCUGGUGGGCGUCAGAGGCUAGCUGCUGGGAGUUCAUUUAGAACUGGCCUGUGUUUGUGUCCUCCUGUUCCCAUUUACCAUUUAUCUGUGUACAGUAAUCAUUCUGUUAUUGAAUGUAAGGAGCAUAGCACAAACCCUUGUGUCAAAUCUAUCACUUGGUUAAAUGGCUUAUUACCAAGUAUAUAGUUCAGUACCUAUGAAUGGACUAUGUUUACAUUUUAGUCAUUUAGCUGAUUUAGGGGAUUUGGUCCUUCACACUCUUACAAUAAACUGAAUAUCAUAUUCCUGCAA